ACCGGCGCACACGCGCGCGCUCCCCGGGAACUCCCGCGGGUGGCUCGGCGCUCUCCCGGAGGCGCUCCCGAGCCGCCGCGGACGCCGCCAACAUGGCCGAGACGAGCGAGGAGGUGGCGGUGCUGGUGCAGCGGGUGGUGAAGGACAUCACCAACGCCUUCAGGAGGAACCCGCACAUAGAUGAAAUUGGCCUGAUCCCAUGUCCUGAAGCUAGGUAUAAUCGGAGUCCCAUAGUCCUGGUUGAAAACAAACUUGGCGUGGAGAGCUGGUGUGUCAAGUUCCUUUUACCGUAUGUCCACAACAAACUCCUUUUGUACAGAACAAGAAAGCAAUGGCUGAACAAAGAUGAACUGAUAGAUGUCACAUGCACCCUGCUACUUCUAAAUCCAGACUUUACCACUGCGUGGAACGUGAGAAAAGAGCUGAUCCUCUCUGGCACUUUAAAUCCAAUUAAGGACUUACAUCUGGGAAAACUGGCCUUAACUAAGUUUCCAAAGAGUCCAGAAACAUGGAUUCACAGGCGAUGGGUGCUACAACAGCUAAUUCAGGAAACCUCCUUGCCUUCCUUUGUGACCAAAGGAAGCUUGGGAAUAAUUCCUGCAGAAAGGACACAGCAACUAAUACGAGAAGAGAUGGAGGUCUGUGGUGAAGCAGCAGGGAGAUACCCAAGCAACUAUAAUGCCUGGUCCCAUCGCAUCUGGGUUUUACAGCACCUGGCCAAGCUAGAUGUCAAGAUUCUUCUUGAUGAACUAUCUUCCACUAAACACUGGGCAUCCCUGCAUGUUUCAGACCACAGUGGAUUUCACUACCGCCAGUUUUUAUUAAAGUCUUUGGUUAGCCAAACUGUGACAGAUGGUUCUAUAUUGGAGCAAAAUACCUUGAGAAGUGAGCCAGCUAUAGUUCUUCCAAAAGAUGAAGAAGCAGUGGCUUCAGCAGAGGAAUCAAGGAUAAAUCUUCCCCAUCUUCUAGAAGAAGAAGUUGAAUUCAGCACUGAUCUUAUUGAUUCCUACCCAGGACAUGAAACCCUUUGGUGUCAUAGGCGGCAUGUUUUCUACCUUCAGCAUCACUUAAAUGGUAGGUUUCCUCACAGCGUGGUCCAGUUGUCACCUGCAGACAGCCCAGGGGGGACUUUGAGUGACUUGCACCUCAUCCCAGCAGGACCACACACAUCUCAGGCAAUGGAGGUGGAUGGACUCAGUGACUCUAGCAAGCAAGGCUAUUCCCAGGAAACCAAACGCCUGAAGCGGACCCCUGCUCCAGACUCCCUGGGCCUGGAAAUGGAGCACAGGUUCAUCGAUCAAGUAUUGUCCACCUGCCGGAACGUGGAGCAGGCCAGGUUUGCCAAUGCAUACAGGAAAUGGCUGGUUACAUUGAGUCAAUGAAAGAGGUGGAUUAGUCCUGCAAGGUUCCCCUUUUAGUGCAAUAUUGCUUUCCUUUCUUAUUUACAUAGUUGCAUGAACUGUUUGCUAUUAUUGUCUAACUAUAUGUGCUUCAUCUUUAGGUUAAAAGUCCAUAGUAAACCUUUCAUUUUAUUUAUUUUGUUAAGAACUGGCAUUCCUUUGGGGAUAAAAUAAUUGUGUAGUUCCUUCCUGCUGAACAGUGAGUCUUAAUUUUUUUCUUUUAAACUUCUCAUCCUUUAUAUUCCUAUACUUGAGGCUUUUCUCUUUUGGUUCUCCAGAUUGGUUCACACACACCUCAACCCACCUCAGUGUGGUUGCUGCAUAGGCUAGUUUGUUUUUUUUUUUUAAUUAAAAAUGUAUGUUGUAGUUUAGCUUAAGAACAAUACAAAUUCAAAAUUGCUUGAUCUAAUUGUUGUUUUGAGAAUCAAAUGGCCAGAUGGAUGGAUGUGUGAAAAUACACACCAUUUCUCUUUCUCUAGUAUGUUCUACUCAAGUCAUAGACCAAGAUAACCAAAGUCAGAAGUAUUGGAAUUUAUAUGAACAACAUGCUUCCAAUAUAGUCCAUUUUAAAAAUGGUUAUUUUUUAAAAAACUAAUUUUAAGAGUUUAUGUAAUUGUAGUGGGAAAUUAUUUUUACUACUAGCUUUGAUAGGUUGUUUUUACCUCAAUUAAAAUGAAUUUCAAAAAAACCUAGAAUGCAGUUUUUAGUUAUUACUACUUAUUUUCCUCCAAAUUCACCAUGAAAAAUGGGAGGCUUAUGCAUAGAAAUGUGUCCAUCAAAAAUCUUCCUUUUUAAAAUUUAAGUUAUUAAGGAUACACUGGAUAAACUAUAAAGUUUUUGUGAAGUGAUUAUUAAAAGUUUACUGGCAAAAGCCAGGGGGGAUGAAUAGUUUUGAAGGUUAGUUCUUCAGUCUUUAUUUUAAAAAAUAAAACAAUUUAAAAACUUUGAUACUAAAUUUAUCAGGGACAAGGUACCAAAGUAUCCACCUUUUAGCUGUAUCUUAUCUUUUCAAUAAUAAGGGCUGGGUUUUUCAGGCAGGUGAGGGGGAGGCAGGUGUGGGGAAAGUGCCAGGUAAUGUCUAAUGUCUUAGUAUGAAAGAAUGCUUUGCAUUUCUUCUUUCCACACACCUUUCUCUUUAUUUUCCCAAUCCAUUUUUUUGUCAUCUCCACUUUUGUAUAUUUUUCCUUAUCUGUUGUAUUUCAUAGAUGUGUACUAAACAUAUUCUCCUCUCUGUUUCCAGUUAAUUCCAUACCCCAUUAAACACACGCACACAUACACACACACACACACACACACAAAAUAUGAAUAUGAACUGCCCCUCUAAAAGUUCCCCUAAUGAUGGAAGUUGUCUAUUAUCCUGUGUGUGUUUGAAAUGUAAUAGUGGCAGAAACAAGUGUGACCACUAUGCUUUGCCUGUUUUCCUCUUUAUAUGCUAGGUCACCUGUAGGGUGAGAAGACAGAUGUAGGGAAAAGCAGACCUCUCCUAUACCACUGUUACGGAGACUCUGGACUUGAGUGAGGAGCAUUCCUUUAAGGGAAAAUAAUAGGUCCUUUACUUGUACGUCAUGAUUUUGUUGAGUGGCAAACUGUUGAGUGAGACUUAAGAACACCAGAAAAAUUGUCAGGACUGGUCCUUGUAGACAGAAGCUGCCUGCCCUUCUCUCUCAGGGCAAAAAUUACCCUUUUUUAGCUUUUUGUAGUAUUUAGGUGAGAAAAUGAUUGGCAUUAUGAGCAUAAUUCUAUGACCCUUUGUGGACAAAGCAUAUUUUGAUUCAAAUACCUCAAGGUCUACCUAGACCUCUAUGGAUAAAACUAUUAAUUUAUGAUUUUUAGCACCUGUGGGCAUUGGGGGGCAGACUACACACAGAUGACAUGGAAGAUUCAGCACAUUCCACUAAUAUAUGUUGCCAAAUUCUGGCCUCACUCAGUAUUACUGUUCUUCCAAGCAUCAUUUUAAGUAUCCCAAGUAGUAGGGCUUCUUAUGCUUUGAUGUGAGAGUGUCGAGACAUGAAUACAGACAAUCCUCUGUGAAACAUCAGCUAAAUUUAAUAAUGCUCCACAUCUUUUUAUACCUUCCACAGAGUCUCUUGCCCUUCUUUGAUGUUAACUGCUUUCAUGUGUUUUAAGUCUCUUAAGCCACCCUUACGUGAAGCCACGCAGUCCUUUAAUAUAUCUUGGUGUCCUGUCUUCCUAAUAGCUUUAAGUAGGGAGUAAAAAUACAGAUAUCCAAAGGAUACUGUUUAUAUCUGACUUUUGUGUGCUGCUUUAUUUCUAAAAUUUGCAGUUUUCAAGUGUUCAUUCACUGAAAAACCUAGUAUUUCCCUGAUGGUUGUAUUUUUUCCCUAAAUGGUUGACAUCUAAACUCACUAGCUGUAGCAUGAUAUUAUCUCUUGGACUGAAUGAGCUCAUGCAGUGGAAAGGAUGUGUCUAUUUUUAGGGACUCAUUAGUCUUCACUUAUUUUUCUAUAAAUAUGUCGUUAAAGGAAAAGAUGAUUUAGGUUGACACAAAUUUCAUCCAUCUUUCACUGGAAGAAUUGUAGGCCAUCCUGUGGAUCAAGAAUACUACUGACAAGCAAAAAAGCAAUAAGAUCUGUAAAUAUCUCUACCACUACCCCUCCCCAACCUGACUUUUUUUUUUUUUUUAAGUGUACCUAUUUUGGUAACGUGUUCCCAGAUUCUGUGUGCCUUGCACAUUGUAAGGACUCAUUAAAUAUUUAUUAAAUUUAUGAAUGAUUAACUGAAGAUGAGAAAGAUCGAUCAUGAGUGAUGCAUAGAGUGAGUUAUGAUUGAGAAAUUGAUGGAAUAGAGCAAUGGAUUGUGAAUGAAUGAUGUACUCUGCCUUCAUGAUACUUAAGGGGAGCUAUUGCAUAUAGAAUAAGUUAAUUUAGAUUUUUUUUCCUUCAUUAAACUACUUUGUUUAUGCUUGUUAAAUCCCAGCCAAGAAAUGCAGCUGUAUAAUAUCAAAUAACUGUACUAUAAUAUAUAUUAAAAAUUCAUAGAAAAAUGAAGACCAUUUGCAAGAACACUACUUUCUACUCACUUAUGAUGUUGGAGGACAGAUCUUGCCCAUAGAGCCAUAGCCACUCUUGGAGUAUCUGAGGAAACUGAUUUCAAAGACGUGUUGAUCUGUAUCUGUGCAUGAGUAGUCAUUUUAGACUCAGAACCCUUUCUUUUCUAGGUUUUAGCAUUUUAUUACCUCUUUGAAAACUCUGGGCCCAGACUUUUGAGUCAUAUCUCUUAUUCCUAUGGUACAAUUCUAAUUUAAAUUAAAGGCUUCGUUAUUUAUCGGAUUAAAUAUACAGGAAGUCACUCAAAGCCACUUAAGUCUUCAGAUAAGGGCUUAUGUAACACAAGAUGUGCAAACAAAAGUUCUUGGAUUUUUAUGUGGCAUUUUGUAGGAAAGCAUAUAUGGUGGUAGGCUGUGUCAUUUAGAUAUAUUCAGGUCAUGUGAAUUCAUGCUUGUUUAGACACAUACAUACAUGUGUGUAAAAACUUUUAAUAUUUUUGAGAACAAAUUGUCAGCCUAGUAUUUUUCUCUUAAUAGCACAAGAUGGUAUCUGACAUGAGGGCUAAAUAUAAUUUAGGAAUGCAACUACCACUUGCUAUGCAGCAAUCUAAUUUCUACCUUAUUUCCCCUGUAUUACAGAAGAUGUUAAAUACUUAGUUUAUCAAAGGAAGUAAGAAAACACUUUU